AUGCGUGAAUAUAAGUUAGUCGUAUUAGGUAGUGGUGGUGUUGGCAAAAGUGCUUUAACUGUACAAUUUGUGGAAGGCGUAUUUAUUGGUAAAUAUGAUCCAACAAUAGAAGAUGGUUAUCGUAAACAAAUAGAAAUCGAUGGUGUUGAUUGUGUACUUGAAAUUCUUGAUACUGCUGGAACAGAACAAUUUACAGCAACGAGAGAUUUAUACAUGAAAAAUGGUCAAGGUUUUGUUCUUGUUUAUUCUAUAACAUCACAAGCAACAUUUAAUGAUUUAAUAGAUAUAAAAGAUUAUAUUAUACGGGUUAAAGAUAUAAGUGCUGAUGUACCAAUGGUACUAGUUGGUAAUAAAUGUGAUCUUGAAGAUGAACGUGUUGUUGGGAAACAUCAAGGUGAAUCUCUAGCACGUUCAUUUGGUUGUACAUUUCUUGAAACAUCAGCUAAAUUAAAAAUUAAUGUUAAUGAAAUUUUUUUUGAUUUAAUUCGACAAAUAAAUCGACAAACUAAACCAUCAAAAGGAGAUCGAUCACCAGAUUCUCGAAAUCCAUCAACUGGUCCUACGAGAAAUUGUUGUGUUCUUUUAUAA